GUCCCGGUUCCGCCCCCCGCCCUGCCCCGGUUCCCGGAAAGGAUCCCGGUGCCCGGGGCCGGGGCACGGCGGGGCCGGGCCGGGAAGCGCCGCCCCGGGAGGGCCGGGCCGGGAGGGCGGAGCGGCCCCGCAGGACCCGCCGCGGCCGCGCCGGAGAGCUCCCUGCCCAUGCCAGCGGCGCCACGGCCGCCCGGGCCCCGCCGUGACGUGGGGACAGCGCGGCCAUGGCGCAGUCCCGGCCCAACGGCUCCCACUACGCCCUGACGGCCAUCGGGCUGGGCAUGCUGGUGCUGGGCAUCAUCAUGGCCGUGUGGAACCUGGUGCCCGGCUUCGGCCCGCCCGGCAAGCCCGGCGGCAACAGCAGCCGGCCGGACCGUGGCUCCGGCGGCGCGCUCCGGAGCAAGACCUUCUCGGUGGCCUACGUGCUGGUGGGCGCCGGGCUGCUGCUGCUGCUGCUCUCGCUCUGCCUCAGCGUGCGCGACAAGAAGAGGCAGGGCCAGGAGCUGGCGGCGGCCCACGUGCAGCGCCAGGCGGCGGCGGAGCCCUCGCAGCAGGAGGACAGUCAAGAAGAGGACGAAGACGUCUCUUCCCAGUACUACGUGCCCAGCUACGAGGAGGUGAUGAACACGGGCUACUCUGAGCCCAGAGACUCGGACAGGAGCACCAGGCUCAGCGUGUCCCUGCCCUCCUACGAGUCCCUGGCGGGGCUGGAGGAGGGCGGCGCGGCGCCGGGCGCGGCGGGCGUGGAGCCGGGCGCGGAGAGGCCGCCCAGCCGGCACAGCUCCCGCCUCAGCAAGCGCCUCAAGCCCCUCAAGGUGCGCAGGAUCAAGUCCGAGAAGCUGCACCUCAAGGACAUCAGGCUCAACCUGGCGCAGAGCAACAGCAGCGUCCCCGUGACGAUAGAGCCUCUCACCCCUCCGCCCAAGUAUGAGGAGAUCCAGGAGAAAAUGCCAGUGAGCCAGCAAAUGCCUUAAAAAAAAAAAGAGGAAGCUGUGAUGCUGCUUGGUUAAGGGUUUUCUAAACCCCACCGUGCCAAGAGGGGCUUGGCAUGGGGGUGGAAAAGCAGCCAGGGCUCCCUGGGAGCUGCCACAUGGAGGACGUGCUGUGGCACAAGGAUGGGACUCAUUUUCCCUGGGACUGGGUUUUGCAAAAGCCUGUGGGGAAAGAAGCCUGAGCACCACAAGUUCUGCUGCUGUGAAGUAAAUGAAGGCUGGACGUGCCUAAACUGUCACUUGUGGUGUUUGAUACGAGACCACCCAGAGCAUCCUCUCAUCUCCUCUCCCCCUUGCCUCCAGCAAGACUUUUCCAAGCCACCAAACUGAUGUUGCAGAAGGAUUUUCCAAGUGGAAAAGUGAAAUGUUUCUUUUUUUGGCUGUCUUUUCUUUCUGAGGAAGGGGAAGCACGUUGCCAGAGCAGCACCACGGCUUUCCCUGGCUCCCAACUGGGCUGAGCUGGUGGCUCAGAGCCAGCCCUGACUCCUGCCAAGGUCUCUUCUGGCUGGUGGGAAGCAGCUGAAAGGGGCCUCCUGCUCCUCAGGGAGAGCACGGAUUUCUUCCUCUGUUGCUUUCCCUGUUGUGUUUUGUGCUCCUUUCGAGGCAAGUGGGUGACUGGGAGGCGUUGGGACCUGCAUGUGCCAGGGGUGAAACCACUGCUGAGCAUCCUGUGCAGGCAGGCUGGUCUGAAUAAAUGUUUUGUACGUUG